UCCGCCCUGCCGACGCUGCUGAUGGGGCAUCCGGCAGACUCGUUCAGGCAGAGGAGGGUGGUUCCACAGCAGGCGGACGAGGCGCGAGCUCUGAUGGAUCUGCUGACCAUCAUGGCUAAUCAUGACUCCGACGGAAAGGUCGCCCAGCUACUGAGGCAGCUGGGGGAGGGGGGUGAACCCACACCUGACCCAUAUGCUAUCCCUGAUGAUAACCCUGAGACUGAAAUUGACCCAUGGGCUAACGAAAAUGGUGAAGACGAAUGGGCUAACGAAAAUGGUGAAGACGAAUGGGCUAACGAAAAUGCUGAAGACGAAUGGGCUAACGAAAAUGUUGAAGACGAAUGGGCUAACGAAAAUGCUGAAGACGAAUGGGCUAACGAAAAUGUUGAAGACGAAUGGGCUAACGAAAAUGCUGAAGACGAAUGGGCUAACGAAAAUGCUGAAGACGAAUGGGCUAACGAAAAUGCUGAAGACGAAUGGGCUAACGAAAAUGCUGAAGACGCUGAUGCUGACCCUGAAAUUGACCUUGACCCAUAUGCUAUCCCCGAUGAUGCUGGUGCUGACCCUGACGCUUUGGCUAACGCUGAUGCUGACCCUGAAAUUGACCUUGAGAAUAACGCUAUCCCUAACGACGUUGAUGCCGACACGUUUGCCAUCCCUGAUGAACUUGAUGAGGACCCUGACGCUUUGGCUAACGCUGGUUCUGACCCUGACGCUUUGGCUAACGCUGGUUCUGAACCUGACGCUUUGGCUAACGCUGGUUCUGAACCUGACGCAUUUGCUAACAAUAUUGGUGAUGCAUUGGCUAACAUUGAAGCUGAUGACCCCGGAAUGGCGAGGGUCCCACCACAUCCUACCGAGCUCCAUCCUGGCCUCCCAGCCGCAUAG